AUGGACCACGACUCUCACUUCCAGGCCGGCGUCGACGCCGAAAGGACGAGGAUGAGCUCUUUCACGUUUGGCAAGCCUGCCUCGCCCCUUGGCGCACCCCCUCCUCCUCGCCAUUCACGUUCUCACUCCCGCAAUGGUUCUGUCUCCGUGUCUCUUUCCCUCCCGACCCCCGUAUCUGCCACCAGCCCACUGGUUGACUCUCCCCCCGGCUCCCCUACCCGCAACUCCCUUGGUGGCUCGAAGCGCAACUCGCACCAUCGCCGCCUCUCUUCCGUCUCAACCCGGAGGGAAUCCGCAGAUCUGAUGGGUAUCGCUCUCCCGAGCAUCCCCAUCUCCAGCUCCGAAGACAACAUCAACCUCGGUGACAAGGACUCGAUCCGCCGGCGAGCUCUGUGGGCGUUGGAGGGAAAGGAUGCAGGGAACACCUUCUCAGUCGAGAUUCCCGAGCUGGACGCUCCUGAGGUUCCCCAGCGUGGCAGCUUCGAGUUUCCGUCCAAGCCGUCGUUUCCCCCGGGUACAGGCUUCAUGGGCAGCAAGCGCGACUCCCUUCGCGUGAUGGUCUCAACUCCGUCGAGCGAGGUCCUUGGCACCUUGGUUGAGGAGGAGGAGGAAGAGGAGGAGGAAACCAAGGAGAUCAUGAGUCCUGUCCAGGAGUCUCCUGCAAGUGCGACCAUCUCGACCCCCUCAUCCCCUCCUACUCGUCCCCGCCCCGCCAUCUUGAACCUUCGUCCCCUCUCCCUCUCAUUGGUCGCCAACUCCAGCGUCGAACCUAUCACGCCCAGUCCGACACCCAGCCCUCGUCCAGGUUUGCGUUCGCUGACGCUUCCUGCGUCUCAGAGCCCGGGAGCCAACAAACGGCAGUCUGUUAUCAUUUCACCUUCUCCCUCCCCCUCUCCCAACGCCUUUGGCCGCCGCCCACCACUCAACCUCGUCACGGAGAACACGCAACCCCCGCCCUCUCGGCGGAGCAGCAUCUCAUACGUGUCAAACUCGGACGGCCAGACUGUAUCCGUCUUUGGUCUCCCCACUCCCGAGAUGACACCUAUCUCCACCGGCCUCGACCGCCGGCGCCCGACUUCUGCUUCGAGCUCCGGCAGCAUGGAUUUGGGGCAGCUCGGCAUGCAGCGUGGACGCCCUCUCUCCAUGAGCGAACAGCACUUUUUGUUCCAGGCUCAUGAAACCUUGGUACAGCGCAUCACUGAUCUCGAGAAGGCGCUUGCACGCAACAGCAGCUCGAGGUCCCGCCCUGUGUCCUUCGCUUCCGAUGUUUCUUCGGCUGUUUCUUCCGAGCCGUCGGACGAAAUGCUGCAGCUCAUCGCGGAUCUCAAGGCGGAGCGCGACGACCUCAAGAGGGAUGUCGACGGCUGGCGUACCCGCGUCGUCGACCUUCAAUACCAGAUCGACAUUCACGCUAAGCGUCUCGAGGCCGAGCGCCGUGACGCGUGGGUCGCCCGCCAGCGCGUCGGACUGCUGGAAGUGGAGAAGUGCUCUCUCGAGAAGACCGUCUCAGAGAAGACCGCCGCAAUGGGUGAAGUGCUGGCGCGGUACGAUAUCGCGGACAAGAGCCUCAAAAGUUCUCAACAAGAUGUCGCCCGUCUCAACGCUGAAGUCCAACGUCUCCGCAGCGUUGACGAAGAGUGCGCGCGUCUUCGCGAGGAGCUCGUCGAGGAGAGGAAGGCACGUACGAACUUGGAGCGCGAGCUAGAUAUCGCCGGCCUACUCGACACCCCACGGCCGUUUACCGCCGCAGCCCAGCCGAUUCCCGCAUCCAUCGCUCGCAAGAGUCGCGGUCUCGGCUUCCGUUCCAUCGACUCUGAGAGCUCAUUCACCGACGUCGACUCGGUGGAUUACGGAUCCGAUCUGAAGGUUGUCGAUGAAGUUGACGAGGAUGAUACAACUGACGAUGAAGAUGAUGAACUGGCACGGUAUGAAGACCAGGAGGAAGAUGAUGACGAGUACGAUUUCCCAACGACGUCGUCCUACAACUCGGUUAUCGAUUACGCGCGUUCCGCCACCCCCCGCCUGUCCACCGAUUCUGGUGACUCGGUCUCUGCGCCCUCGACUAACCGCUCUCCUUCUCCUUCCCCGCUUCCUUCUCCCUCGGAGCCCACGCACGCUCGUCGCGCCUCUCUCGUCAAGGCAUGGACUUUCCCUGCCAACGCGCCGGUUGUGCCUACUGUGGAACGCCCCAUCGAGGAUGUGGACCGUUUCUUCGGAUGCCUGGAGGACGUCGACAACUCUCCUCCGAUCGACUCCAAGCUCCAUUCCAUCGAGAGCAACAAGAGGCUGUUCUCUCAGGCGCUUGAGGAGUUCGAUGACGACCUCCCACCCUUUGUCAUUCCGGCAGAUGUUGGAGAGAUUGUCAUGUCGCCCGAGAUGGAACGCCCCCUCGACGUCGUGGUGGAAGAAGACGAAGAGGAUGAUGAUGACGAAAAUGACAAGUACGACCAUGAUGAAGAGUUCGUUGGGGAGGAGGACGAAGGCGGCAUCAAGUUCACGUUCAACGUGCCCGCGUCCUACCUCGCUGAUUCUGACGCUGACACGAGCACGCCGGCCCUCUCGGUAACGUCUACUCCCGAGUCCACAGGGAAGUCGACCCAAGUCUUUGAGCCCAUUGACGAAGAUGAGGGCGACGAUAGCUUCACAUUCCCUCAACUCAAGUCUCAGCGCAACACUCCUAGCCCCUCCGGCAUACCCCGUCUUCGGUCGUCCUCGCCUUCCAUGAUCCCCGUCUCUACCGCUUCUUCUCCCAUGUCAUCUCCCAAGUCCUUCUCGCUUCCUCUCCGCAUCAACACUUCGCCGAUGUCUUUCUCCACGCCUCCCAGACGCGUGUCAACAGCGCCCACGUUCAUACCUGUUCCUCGUGCCACUUCGUCUCCGGUUCCGCUGAAGGCACCGUGCUUCGUGCCCCAGCCCACCCGCGCAUCCUUUGCGCCCCGACCUAGCGGUAUCCCCGUCAUGUCUCCUCCUGCUCCAAGUAGGCUUCCCUACAGCACUCACCUUCCGAGCAUGUUCGUAUCUGAUUCCCCGGUGCGCUCCCCUGUUUACAGCCGAAGCGGCUUCUAG